AGAAAAAAGCAUCGAAAAUUGGACAGAAUUUGUGCGAAUUGGGUCAACGACCAUCACAAACCGACAACAUAGGUCGACGAAAUAAUGCGACGCAAAGGGAUCCUAGAGCCCAGGGAAAUCCCUACACAAGAAGUUCAAGUUACGUUUGUCAACGCGUCCUAACUCGCACGAAGAAAUACGGUUCAUUAUCGGCAUCGUCGACGACAAACUCAUCGCCGUCGCAUCCGUCAACGAACGCCAGCGUGGUGCCAUCAUCAAACAUUUCUGUGAAUAAUAAUAACAAUAGUAGUAACAAUUCGCCAGUAACUUCUUCUUCAGUAAAAUCAUCAACAACAAGCGUCGCCGUGAAUAUCAACAACAACAUUAAUAGCCAAAGUAGUCGUGUAAGUAGUAGUGGUAGUGAGCAGCAGCAGCAGCCGACGACACCGAGUUCCAUCUUCAGUCGGAUCAUCAGCGAAGUAGCGGGCGUCACUGGAAAACUCACAAGAUCGCGUUCCGGCUCGGUCAAAAAGUCGCAAAAGGCUGCAAGUCGUCAAGUGAGUGCCGAUUCGGCGCACGAAGCGCUCGAACAACCCAAAUUAUCGAGUCAAUUUAGUCCAAGUAAGGCCCCAAGACCAAAGAACGAGGAAACGACUGUCGUAACUCACAAGGCUGAUGUAACAAAAACAAAGGAAACGCCACAAGAGAAGCCAAAUAGUGAUAAAAAUAGCGAAAAACUCUUAGUUGUAACGCAGGAGAUUGUCUUUCCGAUUCUCGAGGAGCUUUUGCAGCGCGUCGAACGCGAAAUCGAACUCAAGCGCGCACGCGAACAACUCCAACUCGAACAGGGACUGAAACCGAGCGAUCCACGAAUCUUACGCGGCAUGGCUGAAGAAACGAAAAAACAGGAAAACAACAAUUCCGAGGAAAAUAGCAACGUUCCGCCGGAUAAACAGCCCCAAACACAGCAACAGACCCCUUAUGACACUAUCCGACACUCCAACUACCGCUUCAUCCGAAAAUCUCUCGAGAACCAAAAUCAUGUCACCCUCUCGAAAAUCAACUAUUUCGACAACGAGACCGUCGAAACGGAAUUUCCGCGAAAUCUCGAUGACAACAUUGAAAUUUUGUCGCGCGAAGCGGAAAAUCUCGAGGAACAAUUCAAAACGGACGAGAAGAAACUUGUGCAAUACGGACCAAUUUACGAUCCGGAGCAAUUCGAGAAGCAGCAGGCGGAGAAGAAACAACGCGAUCAAGACGAAAGUGAAGACGAGCCGGUUUGCGUUUCGCCUUGCGGAAGAUUUUUCAAGUAUGACAAGGAAGUCGGGCGUGGUUCGUUCAAAACGGUUUAUCGCGGAUUGGAUACUCAAACGGGAGUUGCAGUUGCAUGGUGCGAACUUUUGGACAAAAAAGUUAAUAAAACAGAGAGAGCUCGUUUCCGUGAAGAAGCUGAAAUGUUGAAAAAGUUGCAACAUCCGAAUAUUGUGAGAUUUUACAAUUAUUGGGAGACAUCCACGGGAAAUAAGAAGAAAAAUAUCGUACUUGUGACGGAGCUUAUGUUGUCAGGAACACUCAAGUCGUACUUGCGUCGCUUCAAGAAAAUCAACUCAAAAGUGUUAAAAUCGUGGUGCCGACAAAUUUUGAAGGGCUUGUAUUUCCUGCAUUCCCGUUCGCCGCCAAUUAUUCAUCGCGACUUGAAGUGCGACAACAUUUUCAUCACGGGAACAACGGGCAGCGUCAAAAUUGGCGAUUUGGGUUUGGCUACGUUGAAGAAUCGGAGUUUUGCAAAGUCUGUGAUUGGAACGCCGGAAUUCAUGGCGCCCGAAAUGUACGAAGAGCACUACGACGAAGCUGUCGACAUUUAUGCCUUUGGCAUGUGCAUGUUGGAGAUGGCAACGUCCGAAUAUCCGUACAACGAGUGUUCAACGCCCGCGCAAAUCUACCGAAAAGUCGUGCAAGGUGUCAAACCUGCGAGUUUCGACAAAAUCGAGAAUCCCGAUGUGAAGGAAAUUAUUUCGCGCUGUACUCAACUGAACAAAGAUGUGAGACCGAAUUGUAAGGAACUGUUAAAUAGCCCAUUUUUCAUGGAUGACACCGGGAUUCGGUUAGAACCGAUAAGUCGGGAGACUUUUAUUCAAAAUCCGGAAGCGACAAAGAUUGAAUUCCGUUUGCGAAUAAUGGAUCCGAAGAAACGGGUGAACAAGCACAAGGAAAAUGAGGCGAUUCAGUUCGAUUUUGACACGAAAACGGACAAUUUUGACGAAAUGUCGCACGAAAUGUGCAAAUCUGGGCUGAUUUUGGACGAAGAUGUGCCGCCAGUAGCGAAAUUGUUGAAAAUUCAGGUUCAAACGUUGCUGAAAGAUCGAUCGGAGCGACAAACGCAGAUCCGGUUGGAGAAAGAACAGAAGCAACAAAAGUUGUUGGCUGAACAGAAAUUGUUUGCGGAGCAAUUGGCGCUUCAGCAAGCUCAACAAGCAGCAGCAGUUCAAGCUGCACAAGUCCAAAUGCAAAAUAUGACGACGCCAACGCAUCAGCAGCAGGCAGCGGCGCAGCAAACGAUCGAUCAAGCGCAAAUGCUGCAAUGGCAACAACAGCAAAAUAUCCUGAUGCAACAAAAUCUCGCCGUUCAGCAGCAACAACAGACAAUUCAAAACAUUCCUCCUUCGGGCGAAGCUGCUCCGGGUCAAAUUUCCAUCGAAGUGCCCGUCAUGAAGACAACUCCCGUUCCUCAAAUUCAGCAAACUGCAGUUUCGCAGCAACAACAAUCGAUUCCGCAGCAAGUUCCCGCUUCCGUGCCACAACCCAGACCUUCAGUUCCCGUCAUUUCGACGCCUGUCGUUGCGCCGCAAUAUCAACAGCCCCCAAUCCCGGCGCAAAUGACGCCCGUUUCGCAGCAAAAUGCUCCCCAGCAACAAACUUCUCAACCUGCGCAGUACGUGACGCCGGCACAGCAACCGCAAUACACAAAUCAAGUUCCCGUAUCGCAGCCAAAUCCGGUUGCGCCGCCGCAAAUUCAUCAGCAACCGCCGCAAAAACCCUUGGAAAUGACGCCUGUUACGACGGGACAACAACCGCCGCCAGCGAGAAAAAUUUCCGAUCAAAAUACUCCGACGACGGCAUUGCAACAAAGUCAAUCGCAGUCAAAUGUUCCCGCACAAAAUACGCCAGAUUCGAAACCAGCGACAGGCACGACGACGCCCUCGAAUAAGAGACCAAGCAAGAGUCGCAGAGUGAAUAAUUCGGCAGAGAGAAAUCCCAAAUUGGUUGUUUUGAGUGUCGAUGGACCUCUGGUUGAGUGUCAGAUGGAAAAUAAACCGAAGACGAUCACGUUCAAGUUUGACAUCAUCGAUGUGAAUCCCAUUGAUAUCGCACGAAAUUUGGUUCAUAACGACUUAUUAGCAGACUCCCAAAGCCAAGUAUUCAUCGAAAUGGUUCGAGACAUCAUCAAGCAGUUGAAACAAAAUCCGGAUAAAAUUCCUGUUCCAUCGGUUCCUCAACGACGUAACAUUGAAAAGGUGCGCCAUGCAUCACUUACACGUCAGCGAUCUAUCUUUAAAACGCAUCAGAGACAUCGAUCUUCCUUUUGUUUUGAAACGCAGAAAGAUGAUACGUCGACUGUUGAACAAGGCACCGUACUUAAUAUUGCUCCGUUGAACGUUUCAACCUCUGCUAUUUCGGGCUUUUUGGAAUGCGGCAUCAAGACAAUUUCCUCAAAUGCGUCAACGAACUCGUUGCCAUCCAUGGAUUCGGAUUUCGGAGCGGCGCAGCCUCAUAUUUUGAAUCAACGCAUUGACGAUUUGAUGCGCGAAGGGGAAUUUGCGAACAAUGGAGCUUAUAGUGAGUCUGGGAUCGGGUCAAAUGCCGGUUCGACGAAUCCCUCGAGGAAAACGAGCGGCGUAAGUGACGGCGUUGUCGUUAUGGAUCAAGGUUCUGACUCGCAAGUUGAGUCGCCGAGCGAUUCUCCGGUGAGUGUUCAAACGGAUCAAACAUCAACGACGCAAGAAACUCAACCGCAAGUCGAACCAAAGCAAGAAUCGUUGCCAGAAUCGCCCAAAACGUCGCCUGAAGCGGCCCAGCAACGAACCCGGAAACUUUCGCGAUUCCUAAUUAGUCCGGUUAUUUUGCCCGAUAACACUGUGGCUGAAAAAAUGCCUCAAAAUGAGCAAAAAUCAGCUCCGGAGCAAGUUCCUGUCGCUCCAGCAGAUCCCAUUCCGCAAACUGUGCAACAAAUCCAGCAAGCAGUGUCGAUGCAACAAGUAGUCGAGACGCAACAACAGCUAAUCCAGAACGUUCCGGCUCCCGUGAUGCAAAAUCCCGCGCCGCAAUUCAUGAAUGAGCAAGUAAUCCAAACGGUUCAGUAUCAACCGAUACCGAGUCAGCCCGUUCCUGUCGCUAUCGAGACUGGGGAAGCGCAGCAAGUGAUGGUUUACGACCCAAAAUGGCAACAAGACGAACAACAUGCCCUCAUAAAUCAACAAUUGCAACAAGCGAUGGGCUUAACCCCAUCUCAACCUGCAACAACGACCCAAAUGACCGUUCCUCCGACACCGCAUCAAACAAUUUUACAAGAUCCGGCGACAAUUGGCGCCGAAUAUCAACAACAACCAUUGAUGCCGGAGCCACAAUUAGCCCAAUUGCAACAAUUUCAGGCGACGCAGCAGCAAUUUUCUGACAAUGCACCCCCAAGUCGUGAUGCUCUCGAUGCCAUGCCAUCGGGAGCGGCUAUGAAACUCCCCGAAACGCUCGAACAGCUGCAAAAAGAGCUCGAAAAUAUCACACAUGCGCAUGUUUCGACGAAAAAAGAGUCCACGACAGCAACGCAGAAUGCUGGAAACGUCGACGGAAGUGAUGGAAUUGAUGGCGAAGGUGUCCCUCGAGCAGUUGAUGGGCAAAUUCCGUCACAAGCGGAACUUUUGCAGCAACAAAUUCAAUCGUACGAUAAUACGUCGUCAGUUUCGGAGGUAACAACGGUCAAUACGUCAUCGGGGGGACCUUUGUCGCGUGACGAUACGAGCGUUUGUAACUCGCGACGCACUUCGGCAGACAUGAAUAUCGAGAUGCAAGCCCAAAUAAUGUACGUCGAGGGAACACAAGGACCUGUUAUGGUAACUGUUCCAGUUGCGCAUCCACAAAAUGAAGAAAGAGGGUUGUCUCAUCAAAGUAGCGUCGAAAAAUCUGAUAGCUCGGGCGCUAACCAACAAACACAAACAUCCAUCGCAGAGUUACAAUCAAAGUUGGCACAAUUGACGACGGCAACAGCAAAUACAACAACAACCAUCUCCGACGGCAAUAAUCAGACAAAUAUUCAGGGUCCAUCAUCACCCAAGGGAUAUGCCACAUCCGGAGUCAAUUCUCCCGCUGUAUUUGCCUAUCCAAAUACGAGCGACAGUCAAGAUUCAUCACAAAUGCCGUCGUUGCAACUUCCAACAGUCCCGAAUUUCGUCAAUCCGCCGCUUUCGAGUCUUUCAAGUCCGUCGCAAGAGAUGCCCGAACCCAAUUUCGCCGCGAAAAAGGAUUCCGUACCGACGCCUCCGAAAGUUUCGUUGUCAGCACUCGAACAGGAGCUCGCCAAACUUCACACAAAUCGUCGCACGACGUCAGCUGCGGAAAUUACGCAACAAGUACAGUCGCCCUCGGAUCAUGUCAAGACCUAUUCCGAGGUUGUUCAGCAACAACAACCUGCGCAAGGGGAAAAUACUCCAUCUGCGGAAGCGCCAAGAGUGCGAAAAAUCUCGAGAUUCGCUGUGAGUGUCGUUAAAGAGCAACAAGAUGCUGCGGCGGCAGCUGCUGCGAAACAUGCCGCGGAAAUGGCGACGCAACAGCAGCCUCAGCAACAAACAAUUGCCGCGCAAAUUGCAGCUCAAGCACCGCAAAAUGUCGUUCAACAGCAACAAAUACCGCAAGCGACACCGCAAAUCGUCGCGAAGCCACAAUUGAACCUGAAUUUGCAAGGAUUGACGGUGCAACAACAGACUCCGAUCCAAAUUCAGCAACAAAUACCGCCGCCUGAGACAACGACGACGACAAUAACAAUGACGAAUGCUGGUUUGAAGCCUUUAGACAUGAACGAACGAAAAAUCUCCCAAGUCUCUGCUGACAGCUUUUUGUCGUACGGCACCGUGGAAAGUGAGGACUUUAAUCGCAUUGUGCAUCAAGAGGAAGCAGAAACGAAUCGUCAAAAUACUCUUCAAAAUGGUCCCUUUUCAAGUCAGAUUAACAGUAGUGGUGACAGCGGCGUCGUCGCGUCGCGAAAUCUCACCUUCGCGAACAACUUUGCGCAACUUGCUGCCUCGCGAAAUGCCACAAUCGCCAAACAAAUGACAAAUUCCAACCCGAAUUUGAAUGCCAGCGGCAAAACGAGCGUCGUAACGGGUCCAAAUAUCACGGGAAAGCAUUAUCGCACGCGAUCUUUGUCGCAAAACUUGCAGCAAAUCUUCCAAGGGAACCACACGAAGGUCCAGCAGGAGCUCGGGCAACGUCAUAAAAACGGCACGAACGUAUCGAGUCCCAUUCAGGUGCCGGAAACGAAGCAUUGCGGGAUGAAUUCUGGUCCAACAUCGCCUUAUGGAGGCAAAAUCAUCAACGGAAUCGGGUCUCCGCAGAAAGAUGCCCUUCAAAUGGCCUUGGAACAAAAUCCGCUCUUGGCGUCGUUGGCAAUGAACAAAAAUCCCGGGUACAUUAACAACCCAAAUUCACCCUUAUUGAAGUCCCAAUCGUUCCAUAUCCCCAAGAUGAAAGGUUAUAACUUGGCUAAUAACCGAAAUUUGGAUUUGUAUCCGAUGCGAAGUGUCAGUUUCGAUUAUUCGAAGAAGAUGCCGUAUGCUAGAACGUCGAAUUUGAUGUCCCUUGAGAACACAAUUAGUGAAAAUUAUGACUUGAUGCGUGAAAAUUCACCUAAAAAUCUAGAAUUUUUCGCAAAACGUCAAAAUGAUCACUUUAAUUUUGAUUAUUCGGUGCCUCCAGACUAUCCCGGGGUUCGUGGUUACUUGCCCAAACAACUCUCGGACUAUCCAUCGACUCCUCCGCCCAUGCGGCAUGACUUUUUGCACUCCGAUCCGCAUCAAUACCAGAGUUUAGAGGAUCUUGUAAGGACAAAUCGUCGUUCCACGAAGAAAAAAUCCCGAAAUUUCCUCAAAGAGCGUUACGCUUACCUCGACACGCCCAUUAUCGGGGGUAGUUGUGACAAUUUAUUUUCCAUGUCGGGCAAAAUUAUGAAAGAAAAUCCCUAUCACGAUCCAUAUUCGACGUUUCAUGGCACCACAAAGACUCACAAGGCACGAAUUCCCUUUGGAAAUUUGUAUAAAAAGCGUGCCGUGUACUUCCAUGAUGAGCAUGACCCCGAAAUCGAUCUGGGCGAAGAGAGUGACGAGUCUUCGUUGUAUUCGGAUAGCGAUACGAACUCAUCAGAUUCAUCUCUGGAGCAUCCGUGUCGAUAUCGGACGGCACAUACCUUGACUUCGGUAGCGGAAUUGCAUCGAAAAACCCGCGUUGAUGUCCAAAAACACGUAAAACGACGGAAUUCAUGCAAAAAUAAAUAUUCGCCGCGUGCAAGUCCCGUACAAAGUCGCUCGUCGACGCCGCAAAGCCCGAUGCCCCAUCCGCUUACCGUGAGUUUUCCGCCCGAUAAUCGAAAUCGCGUGCAAAGUACGUCGCCGCAAAAGUCCUUUAAAUAUGCGCCGUCACCACUAUCAAAUUUUCCCCCAAAUUCUCUCAAUAACUCACAUGGUACUACUCCUCCAUUCAACAACGUAACUCCGACAACCCCGACAAGCACGACGCCUUGGAAUUUUCUUACUACCUGGCAAAAUAAAACUUUGGAGAUCCAGAAGAACUUGGAGAACGUUCGUGCAAAUUUGACGAGUCGCAGUCUCGAGUCGAAGACAAAGAAGCAACUUAUGCUGUUGCUCCAACGACAAAAUCUCGAAGAGGAAGAGCUCAAGUUGCGGCAUUACCGGGAAUUGGAACGAUUUCAGUACAUACUGGAUGAAGAAGACAAACAACAGUCAUACCCGUGGAGCGUAACAUCCCCAUCGUCGUUAUCGGCGCCCGCAAUCCCAACAUCGACAAUUUCGCCGUCUGUGCAACAAAUGCACGGAAUUCAGACGCCAUUAGUGCAACAACCGCAGCCAAUUUUGCAGCAACAACAACCGGGCAUCACGGAAAAUAUUCUGCAGUUACAUAAUAUGGCAAAUAACGUUGAUUCCAUGCAUCCGCGACAAGGAUCGGGAUCAUCAUAGGACUAGGAAGACGCUUCUGACGAAUUGUAGUGAUAUGAAAAAAAAAAUGUUAAAAAAUAUUUAAUGAGACUUUCAAUUAAUUUUUAAUGAAUAUUGUACAGAAAAUGGAACCAGAUCAAAGUCACGUAAAAUAAUGGGGUAAAAAUUUGUAAAAUUUAAACGUUAAGAAAUGUAGAAAUAUAAAAAAUGUAUAAAAUAACAUUAAAAUUUAGAAAAAUAAAACACGGGAAUGUAAAAAUAAUAAAAAUUAAGU